AAUCUCAUUGCCAUGGUUCUAGCAUUACCACCAAACAAACAACAUCAUCCUCUAUUGCAAGAAGAGCCAAGAAACAACAAUGGGUGCCUCUAAUUUGCAAAUCACACUAGCAUUGUUUGCAGCAUUAUUGGCACUGCUCCACCUUCCUCUCCGAGUAGAAGCCGCCACGAGGCACUACGACUUCAACAUCAAGAUGCAAAAUGUGACGCGAUUAUGCCACACGAGGAGCAUAGUCACAGUGAACGGGACAUUUCCAGGGCCCCAGGUCGUGGUGAGGGAGGGUGACCGCGUCCUUAUAAAUGUCACCAACCUUGUUCCCAACAAUAUCACCCUCCAUUGGCACGGAAUCAGGCAACUUAGGAGUGGUUGGGCGGAUGGACCGGCAUAUGUAACCCAAUGCCCGAUCCAAACCGGACAAAGCUAUGUCUAUAAUUUCACAGUUGUAGGACAAAGGGGCACUCUUUGGUGGCAUGCACAUGUCUCUUGGCUUAGAUCUACUCUCUAUGGCCCUAUCAUCAUCCUUCCAAAGAAGAAUGUGCCAUAUCCUUUCCCCAAGCCAUACAAACAAGUUCCAAUCAUCUUUGGAGAAUGGUUCAAUACUGAUACUGAAGCCAUAAUUAACCAAGCUAUGCAAACCGGAGGUGGCCCCAACGUCUCCGAUGCCUACACAAUCAAUGGACUCCCCGGGCCUUUGUACAAUUGCUCCGCCAAAGAUACAUUCAAGCUAAAAGUAAAAGCGGGAAAAACCUACCUCCUCCGAGUAAUCAACGCUGCGCUCAACGACGAGCUCUUCUUCAGCAUCGCCAAUCACACUCUCACAGUGGCAGACGUGGACGCAGUCUACGUCAAACCCUUCAAAACCGACACCAUCCUCAUCGCGCCCGGCCAGACCACCAACCUCCUCCUCCACACCAAAACAACACCCCCGGCCGCCACAUUCCUGAUGAUGGCCCGGCCCUACGCCACGGGCGCCGGCACCUUCGACAACACCACCGUGGCCGGAAUCCUAGAAUACGAAUCCACCCCUUCUUCCACCAAGCACCUCCCCCUCUUCAAACCAUCCCUCCCACCCCUCAACGACACCUCCUUCGCCACCAACUUCACCAACCGCCUCCGCAGCCUCGCCACCCCCAAUUUCCCGGCUAACGUGCCCCAAACAGUCGACAAACACUUCCUCUUCACCGUCGGAUUAGGCACGAAGCCGUGCGAUCAGAAGAACGCGACGUGUCAGGGCCCCAACGGCACUAAAUUCGCGGCGUCGGUGAGCAACAUAUCGUUCAUACAGCCAACCACGGCCCUGCUUCAGGCCCACUUCACCGGGAAUUCAGGAGGCGUUUAUGAGCCGGACUUCCCCUACAGCCCUUUACGGUGGUUCAACUUCACCGGGAGCCCUCCCAACAACACCAUGGUGGGAAACGGGACGAAACUGAUGGUUCUUCCGUUCAAUGCGAGUGUGGAAGUGGUGAUGCAGGGGACAGGCAUAUUGGGGGCGGAGAGCCACCCCCUCCAUCUUCAUGGAUACAAUUUCUUCAUCGUCGGCCAAGGCUUCGGAAACUACGACCCCGUUAACGACCCCAAGCGGUUCAAUUUGGUCGACCCGGUCGAGCGGAACACGGUUGGUGUGCCGCCCGGGGGAUGGGUUGCUAUCCGCUUCUUUGCCGAUAACCCGGGGGUUUGGUUUAUGCAUUGUCACUUGGAAGUUCACACGAGCUGGGGAUUGAAGAUGGCGUGGCUUGUUUUGGAUGGAAAGCUUCCCAAUCACAAGCUGCUUCCUCCGCCCUCUGAUCUUCCUAAAUGUUGAUUUUUUUUAAUUUAAAACUGAGGUCUCGUCUGUCCCAGUUUUGUAAUAUUGACUUGGUUUGUUGAGAUUUGUACAAGUAAGACUGCUAGGCUUGCAUUUUGGUGGUCUUUUGUAACGUUAAUUAGUUGAUUUUAAUAAAGUGAUUUUUUUCAUCUA